UCCCUUUCACAUCUCAUCACUGCCAGCUAUGCCUCGUGUGGGACGAAAAAGAGCAAGAGCGUCCCAACGCUCUGUGUCUCUUGAAGAGGUUCGAGAAGUGUAUCGCGCACUGCGUCUCAGUCGUCCAACUUCACACACCUCGUCACAUGCCCAAUCGCAGGAUGGGACCCCACGAGAAGAAGCAGCCCCAGCUGCUAACGAAGGCCAAUCAUAUCCAAGAGCAUCACUUCUGGGAAUACCGGCGGAGCUCAGGCUCGAAAUCUACGACUACCUGUGGGACAACACUUUGAUCCACAUCCAUAAACGACCCUCGACGACGAAGAAAGGGCUAAAGUUGACGUGGACGCCUUGCUUGGGGACCAAUUUAGCACAGCUCUGUUCACAUCCAUCCUGGGACAAUACGGUGAACCAAGAAGAACGAUGCUCCGAAGAUCCCAAGCGACCGGAUCCGACGCUCGGUAUCUUCGCCAUGAGAUUCGUAUGCAAAGCUCUUCACGACGAUUUAAAAGACGCAUAUCAGUACAAACCCACCAUAUCACUUAGUGCUACGAGCGUCAGUCUCUUCAUCAAAGACACACCACGAAGUUCCCUUGAGAGGAUUGAAAGCCUCACCUUUUCUUCUACGAGAGCCACACUUGAAAGAAGACAUAGCCGUUAUAGCGACUAUCCACGUACCAUCAUCCACGCGUAUAGGAGGCUAAGGAGACUGCUGCCAAAGCUGCAGACAGUAAAAUUCCAGUGGUGUCUACUUGAAGAAGAGGUCCAAGGCAUACUGGACGACAUUCGUAAUAAGGAUGCGGGCGAAGAGGAGAGAAUGAUGGCUUUGGUUUUCCGUGAAUUUCAACCAUGCACUCUGGCAGUGUUCGAUGCAUCAUACGGUUUCGAAUCGACUGACGAGUACCUAGCAUAUCCUGGGGUUGGCAGACUUGUCAUAAAACAAGGAGGGCGUCCAAGUGAAUCAACAGAGUGGCAUCCAUGGGGACGCAUGGAAGUACAGCACAUCACGAAUGCGAGAGAGUUUCUCGGUCUGGGUCCAGAAGUAAACCAGCGUCGCGGUACAAGCUACGGAAGUUUUUUUCGGGGAUGCCAGAACGCAUACUAUGAUUGAUCAGAAUAAUACAUACCUUGCCUCACCACUUUCCAGCUUCUCUGCGCAAUAUGGCG